GUAUCCUUCGUCUCAGAUCCACAUCAAGUUUGAGCCAGCGGCGGAGAAGAAGCCUACUGAAGAGCAGGUGUAUGAGGUCCUCCGGCGCUACGGACAGCUGGAUGAGCUCACGGCCUCUGGAGAUGGCUACACCGCCCGAUUCCGUUAUGUCUCGGGCGGCGUGGCGGCCAGAAACUGCUUGCACCGGGCUCCCCUUCAGUUGGAGGGUCAGGAUGGGCCGGUGACGACCUUCUGCAUCGAAUACAAGCAGUUCGUGCAGAAGUGGCUGUGGGAGACGUUGACAGCAAAUGCUCGCUUCGUGUUCCCACUCUUCGUUGUCUUCAUGUUCGGAACCACCUACUUCAUCUGGGAUCCCAUGCGCACGGCCUUCGUGCACCUGCGCCUGGCGGCGAUCUUCUCCUCCGUGCCUUCGCGAAGCGAUUCCGAGCACAGGGAAGGUGACUCUCACUACGCUGGUGCGACGGGUCUCCUGCUCCGGGGCCUCCAAGGGGCCCUCCGCGGCCUACGAGAGGCCCGGGCCGUGAAGUCAUCGCGAGAAGGCCUCUUCGACGAUUUCUGGUCGGAGCGGAAGUCGGAAAUUACCGAACUCCAGGACUGGCUGGACCAGCCCCCCGAGCGUGUGAUGCUCCUCACGGGCCACCGCGGGAACGGACUCAACGAGAUGGCCCGGAAGCUCGCAGGCCACCGGGUGCUGGAGAUCAAUGUGCGCGACAUGCUGGAGGUGGGAGGUGCUGCCGACGACCACCUUUUCCUGCGCAGCUUCAGUCGAUCGGUGGGCUACUGGCCGGCACAGGGCAUGGAUCGCCAGCUCUCGGCUGUGUUGGAUCUGAUGUUGCCCGGCUCAGGUAAGCAGCUGAGCCGCGAGAGUGAGCUGCUCGUUGCUGUGCAGCGGGUCCUCUUUGCCAUGACCCAGGCGCUCCACACGUGGCGGUUGCGCAGCAUAGGCGCGCUCAACUUCGACGCCACCCCACUGAUUCUGAUUACCGGCUUUACCUCGGAGAACAAGGACCGCCGCCCUGGGUUCUUUGAGGCGCUGGUCAGCUGGGCUGCUUAUGUCUCCGAGGCGAAGUUAGCGCGGGUGGUGUUUGUGGCGGACUCCUCCUUCGGAGAGCCGUCGAUCCUCAGUCACCUCAAG